AUGACAGGGUACCUGCUCCGCCAGUGGUUGUGCGGCAAGCCUCACGGAGCAGGUACCCUGUCAUGGGCAUCAUCGGGCACCACAUACAAGGGCCAGUUCCGCCAGGGACUCUACCAUGGGGUUGGCAUUCUUCAUACACCACUGCAUCCAGUUGUUUCUUCCUCGUCUGCAUCAUCAUCUUCACAUUCUUCCUCUGGUUCUGCUUCCACCACUUCUUCCUCUGGUUAUUCAUCUUCAUACUUCACCAGUUCUGGUUCUUCAGGGUCUCACACUUCUUAUCCUACUUCUAUGUCUUCCUCUUCCUCUUCAUCCUCUUCCUUUGUAGUGAUGCAGGAAGGAAUGUGGAUAAGCGGGAAGAUGGUUGGCCAGGCAGUCAUCAGGUAUGCCAAUGGAGACCUAUAUGUAGGCCAAGUCAAGGAUGGGCUGCCCUCAGGUCAUGGCGUUCGCAAAACAGGACACUUUGGGUCACAGGCAGCCUCUGUCUACACUGGGGAAUGGAGCCAGGGCGUGAGGGCAGGCUAUGGGGUCUUGGACGACAUUGUCAGAGGUAGAGACGUCCAUAGUACACUUGCUCAUGUCUGGUGUCAAGUGAAAAAUCCUGAGCAACACUGUUGUUUCACAUUGAGUGGUGCAAGUUAUGAAUUCAAGUUAGAGAGACACAGACAGAGACAGAGACAUAGCAAUGGUCACCAACUCCAGGGUGUAGGCAAGCAUCUCCAGCCAACUUCAGCUCUCG